AUGAGUGUCAAAGACUUGAGUCCGGCACAAUGCGUGCUGUUGGCAGUCCACCUGGCUUCCGAGUCCAACAUCCAAGCUCUGCACUCCUUCACGCCCUCUCGCCUCGAUGCCCUCGAUCCCGAGCUGGUCUUGCGGAUUGUCCUCACCUUUCUCCCCGAAGCCGUCGAUCCCCGAGAGUACACGGGUUAUAUUGGAGAAGUGGCAUCGCGGCUGUACCUCGACGUGGAGCGGCAAGAGGUGGCCGUGGACACAACACCCGUUCAGGACAUCUCGGAGCAGAUUGCGCGGAAGCGCGUCAAGAAACUACAUUUACUCCCCAUCCAACCCGCGACAUAUCCUUCACACGCGCCGAAAGACCUCCUCACCCAUUUUCUGUGCCAUCGAGCCCUCCGAAUCGACUCCGAAACUGGUCUGCUCAAUCUGGUGCCCUCGCUGAUUGAACCAUUCCUCAAUCGCAAUGAUUACAUUCGCAGCUGGUACAUCUCCGUCGUACUUCCCCUCCUCCGCUUAGAAGUGGAAUACUACCCGGACGAUGCCUCUCUGGCCAUUCCGCUGAGCGAGUUCGAUGCGCUCGAGGCUCCACAAGGCAUGCGGUUCUUGUUGAAUAGGGCGGCGGAUCCCACCCGAGAACCCACGGAAACAGAGCGGCAGAACAUUGCGCGAGAUAUCAAGACUCUGGUUGGACCGUGGAUGUAUGGCUGCACAGAUCGCAAACGGAGAAAGCUGGGCCACGGAGAGCAACAGCCACCCGAAUCCAGCAAAUCUGUUGGCAACACCGCACGGAGACUUUCAAAGAUAGAGCUGAAUGGUAUCAAAGCAUCGGAUGCCACUGGACACGAUUGGGAGGACAUGUUCCAAUGGAUGGUGRGCAGAUCGGUCGAAAACUUUGAUCUCGUGGCCCACGCCAUUGAAGACUGGGACGGGCCCAGCGACGUCGAUCUGGGAGGUUAUGAUCGUGGAGGUAUAUCCUACCUCGAUGAAGACGUGCAGCAAAAGUUGGAACUACAAUACGCCCAGGCUAUAUUCGCAAGCUGUUACGCUGCACAGGCGAAUACCAAAGAGACGGUACAGCACGCGYACAGCGUUCUGGCUCGUCUUGCAGAACUUCUCGAUUUCGUUCCUCCACCCGACUUGGCCACCAGCGUGGGCUCGCUUCCUCGCAUUGAGCGCCACGCUGCCAAAUUGGACGAGUCUCGGACGGCCGCGGAUAUCAUGCCUGCAGCGCUCUUGCGUCCUGAGCAUCCUUUGACUACACCAAGACUCGCAACCUACAUGCUGCUUCAAAUGAUGGUCUACAGUGCAUAUCAGUUCUCCGGGCUGGGCUAUCCUUUAUCGCUCGUCAGCGUUGCCAAGCUUCUGUUCUACGCAACAGCAGAGGAGCAGAUGGAAGUGUUGCGAACAAUCCUUCGAGCACAAUCCAAGUCUGGUGUACGAAAGGACGAUUCUCAAUGGGUGGCAGACCGUGCCAAAUUACAAUGGCUAUGGAACUGGGGUAUUGACGACAGCGAAGACAACCAUCACGUUGGUGCCGGAGCGCUCGGCAAGAUCCAAAGAGAUGAUUUCGAGGACGAACUGCUGAAGCUAUUCAUUGAAACGAGCUGCUACAACCUUGCGAUCAGGCUGUACAUUACCGAGAAGCCGCACGAAACAGCAUCCCACCCUCGGGUCGAGAGCAUUGUCAUAGACAAAGCAAUGGAGGCUUAUGACAGCGCAAGUAAUGGGAACAGGACGAGAGGUGGCAUGAAGAAAGCCAACGACAUCAUCACCGCCUUCCGGUCUCACUUUCCAGACAGUGUGCGCAUCAAGCAAGCGAGUGCACUGAUUUCAGCGACACACGCCCUAUCCUUUUAUUCACUGACAUUACAACACGGCGUACCUUUCCAGCCCGUAAGCAUUCGUGCCAGCCAUGACCCCAUCUCGCUCAUCAGCAAGCUGCUCGAGCAGAAUCCUCGAAGCUACACGAAGCUCGAUGAUCUUGUGGACAUUGGACGAAACCUGGUCUCUGCCGGCUUGGUGCACGACGAGGACAUUGACAGUACGCAAGGGAAAGCAGUUGACAUGGACGCCAAUGAAAUAUCUCGACGCCAGAAAGACGCCGAGAGGCGGGUCACAUUCAUGGCAGUUGAGGCGUCUCUCAGAGAAAACGAUUUUGAGACAUCAUAUUCCUACAUUGUCAAUAGAUUGACACCUUCCGGCGCUGAUGUGGAGGCACCUAGACCGCAGAAGCAGCACAUCAAGCAAACUAGUCGCGGGACUAACAGUAUUACCGACGACGACAUCUCCUGGCGUGCCGCUUUUCUUGCUGGUCGUUAUCGCCCGAACGCAAGCACGCCACCUACACUACGCCGGUUAGAACAGCGAACAGAACUCCUUUCUCUAGCUCUUCUUCUAGCUCCAACCUCCGCUUUGACCGAGAUCCUUGCAGCGUGGCGUAGAUGUGAAGAGGAGACAACAUCGCUACAUCUCGCACAGCAACAAGCAGAAAAGGAAUUCGACGAUCGCGCAGAUAAGCGUUUGAGUGGAGGUGGCUCCAGCGCACUCCCUGGCAAUUUCACAGUACAGGGUGAGCAGCCGGAGCUUGUUCUGAAUCAAAAACGACGAGAAAUGGGCCGCAUGGGAGCAGACGGAGAUACACCGCUGAGUAUGUUCGAUCUUACUCGUAACGCAGCAAAAGCAUUCAGCAAGAAUGCCUUCCCGCUGCACGGAGAAGCGACGCGGACGUCAGGCGAACUCGAUCGGUCGAUGACGGGUAGCGCGGCAAGUUUUGGGAGUGAGGGUGCUCCGGUCAGGAAGAGAGACUACGUCGCCAAUGCAGUGAGCGGUGGUCUUGCAUCAGGACUUGGAUGGGUGUUGGGUGCUACUCCUGUCCAGCAGACACCGCCACGGUCUCCUUGA